AGCCUUUGAUCGUGUGUCUUAACUCCAUUUACGUCCUGUGCUGCGUUUUAAAGGCCAGAGGUAGUUGAACUGCUGAUUGAGUCGUUUUCCAUUGCCUCCUCCCCAACACGUACUCAUUCCCAUUUCACGUCACAAAUACACGCACUAAACGCAUUAGUAGUCAUGGUCUCCAAAACCCGUAAGCAGCGCCAGAAGAAGAAGGUAACCCUGCAGGCGAACGGUGGUGUCAUGCCCACCGUCGUCCCCAGCACACCCAAGUCGAUUCACCUCAAGAAGACGCGUCCGAAGAUGAAAGGCAAGAACAAGAUCCGUCUCGGCCUGGCGUCGCCGAUCGACAUCUACAACGGCUUCGACGAUCGCAAGGGUGUGCUGUGGACGUGCCCAACGUGCGGCAAGGAGUGCCGUGUGGUGGGUUUCUGCGUAGACUGCGCCUCGGGGGUGAAGUCGAAGCUGCACACCGGCCGCCUGAUGUCGCGUACAAGUGCCAAGAAGGAGUCUACUGCGACUACCGCAACAAAGCUCCGCAUGAAGACGAAGAGCAAGACGUUGAAGCUGAAGCGCAAGAAGUAG